AUGUCAGAGUCAGAGUCAGAGUUAGAGUCAGAGUCAGAGUUAGAGUCAGAGUCAGAGUUAGAGUCAGAGUCAGAGUUAGAGUCAGAGUCAGAGUUAGAGUCAGAGUCAGAGUUAGAGUCAGAGUCAGAGUUAGAGUCAGAGUCAGAGUUAGAGUCAGAGUCAGAGUCAGAGUCAGAGUCAGAGUUAGGGUCAGAGCCAAUAUAG